AAGUUGUCGGUAAGAGUGCUUGCCCUUUAUGGAAGACAGUCGCUGUUUUUAAGAUUAUUUCGAUUAAACACUUGCAAAUUCAAUUAAAUGAAAUGUGAUUGAGCAAUAAUUACUAGGCCUUGAAACAUUGCAUACGACGACGGUACCGUACGCGCAAGAUGAACUAAAAAUCCUACCAUAGAGAACUCUUGAUUAGUGUAGCGUACCAUUCCGUGUUUCUGAGAUGUAUUUAUACAACUUUAUUCUGCAGCGUGCCACCGGCAUCACGCAUGCCGUGCAUGGCUGCUUCGCCGGUACGAAGCAGCAGGAGAUUCUGCUGUCGAAGGGCAAAAGCUUGGAGCUGGUCCGACCGGAUCCGAACACCGGCAAGGUGCACACGCUGCUGCAGACCGAGGUGUUUGGCGUGAUUCGAUCGUUGAUGUCUUUCCGGCUGACCGGUGGAACGAAAGAUUAUGCUGUCGUCGGUUCGGAUUCGGGCCGAAUCGUCAUAUUGGAGUACAAUGCGGCUAAAAAUCAACUGGAGAAAGUUCAUCAGGAAACGUUCGGAAAGUCAGGUUGUCGUCGGAUUGUACCCGGUCAAUAUUUGGCCAUCGACCCGAAGGGUCGAGCUGUUAUGAUUGGAGCAAUUGAGAAGCAAAAGUUGGUCUAUAUUUUGAACCGAGAUUCCGAAGCACGGUUGACCAUUUCUUCGCCGCUGGAAGCGCAUAAGUCGAGCACGCUAACCUAUCACAUGGUUGGUGUCGAUGUUGGGUUUGAAAAUCCGAUGUUUGCCUGUUUGGAAAUCGAUUACGAAGAGGCGGAUUUGGAUCCUACUGGAGAAGCUGCAGCUAAGACACAGCAAACUUUAACGUUCUACGAGUUGGAUCUUGGUUUGAACCACGUGGUUCGGAAAUAUUCGGAACCUUUGGAAGAACAUGCAAACUUUUUGAUCUCAGUACCGGGAGGAAAUGAUGGUCCUUCCGGUGUGCUCAUUUGUUCUGAGAAUUAUUUGACCUACAAGAAUCUCGGAGAUCAACAUGACAUUCGUUGUCCGAUUCCUCGGCGACGAAAUGACUUGGACGAUCCGGAGCGAGGAAUGAUCUUUAUUUGUUCCGCCACUCACCGAACAAAGUCGAUGUACUUUUUCCUCGUGCAAACCGAACAGGGCGACAUCUUUAAAGUCACAUUGGAAACAGACGAUGACGUGGUGUCGGAGAUCAAGUUGAAAUACUUCGAUACGGUGCCGCCUGCGACGGCAAUGUGCGUGCUGAAGACUGGUUUCCUGUUUGUGGCAUGUGAUUUUGGAAAUCAUUACCUUUAUCAAAUUGCUCAUCUGGGUGAUGACGACGAUGAACCGGAAUUUAGCUCGGCAAUGCCGCUCGAAGAGGGAGAUACGUUUUUCUUUGCCCCGCGACAGUUGAAGAAUUUAGUGAUGGUGGAUGAGAUUCACUCGUAUGCGCCCAUUCUCGGCUGUCAGGUGGCGGAUCUGGCGAAUGAGGAUACUCCACAAUUGUACCUUGCUUGUGGACGUGGACCUCGAUCUUCGAUUCGAGUGCUUCGUCAUGGUUUGGAGGUGUCGGAAAUGGCUGUUUCCGAACUACCCGGCAACCCGAACGCAGUCUGGACCGUCAAGAAGCGAGUCGAUGACGAAUUCGACGCGUACAUCAUCGUGUCCUUCGUUAAUGCCACGCUUGUGCUCAGUAUCGGAGACACGGUCGAGGAAGUGACGGAUAGCGGGUUUCUCGGCACGACACCGACGCUGUGCUGUUCCGCGCUGGGCGACGAUGCGCUGGUGCAGGUUUACCCGGAGGGUAUCCGUCAUAUUAGGGCCGACAAGCGUGUCAACGAGUGGAAGGCUCCCGGCAAGAAGACCAUCAUGAAGUGUGCCGUCAACCAGCGGCAGGUCGUCAUUGCGCUGUCCGGCGGUGAGCUGGUUUACUUCGAGAUGGAUCCGACUGGCCAACUGAACGAAUAUACCGAACGGAAGAAGAUGCCCAGCGAUGUGAUGUGCAUGGCACUCGGGUCCGUUCCGGCGGGCGAGCAGCGCUCGUGGUUUUUGGCCGUAGGUCUAGCGGACAAUACGGUACGAAUUAUUUCGCUGGAUCCCAGCGAUUGUUUGUCACCGCGUUCGAUGCAGGCACUGCCAUCGGCUGCCGAGUCGCUCUGUAUCGUUGAGAUGGGAGCCGGUGACACUACCGAGGAGGGAACGGUCUCAACGGCCGGUUGCAUUUACCUGAACAUUGGUCUGACCAAUGGUGUACUGCUGCGGACGGUGCUGGAUCCGGUUUCCGGUGAUUUAGCCGAUACCCGAACGCGGUAUUUGGGAUCGCGUCCCGUCAAGCUGUUCCGAAUCAAGAUGCAGGGCUCGGAGGCGGUGCUCGCUAUGUCCAGUCGAACCUGGCUAAGUUACUACUAUCAGAAUCGGUUCCAUUUAACUCCGCUUUCCUAUGAGACGCUGGAAUAUGCGUCGGGUUUCUCCAGUGAACAAUGCUCGGAAGGUAUUGUGGCUAUUUCUACCAACACGCUUAGGAUCUUGGCCUUGGAAAAGCUGGGAGCAGUUUUCAAUCAAAUCACCUUCCCCCUGGAAUACACACCGAAGCGAUUCCUGAUUCACAACGAAACGGGAAAGCUGAUCAUAAGCGAAACGGACCACAAUGCCUACACGGAGGAAACGAAAACGGUUCGUAAGCGACAAAUGGCCGAUGAAAUGCGUGAAGCUGCCGGAGAGGAUGAGCAGGAGCUGGCCAACGAGAUGGCGGACGCUUUCAUCAACGAGGUGCUGCCGGAGGAUACGUUCUCCUCGCCGAAGGCCGGCACCGGUAUGUGGGCUUCGCAGAUACGCGUCAUGGACCCAAUCAAUGGGCACACCUACUCGAAGGUGCAGCUCGCGCAGAAUGAAGCCGUCAUGUCGAUGGCGCUGGUCCGAUUUGCGGUCGAUCAAAAGUGGUACGUUGUUGCCGGUGUGGCAAAGGACCUGCAGAUGAAUCCGAAAAUAGCGAACGGAGGUUUCAUCGAUGUUUACAAGUAUGAUUUCCAAACGCAUCAGUUGGAGCAUUAUCAUAGGACGGAAAUUGAUGAAGUUCCGGGCGCUAUCUGCAGCUUCCAGGGUCGUGUGCUGGUUGGAGUCGGUCGUGUCCUGCGGAUUUACGAUUUAGGCAAAAAGAAACUGCUGCGGAAGUGUGAAAACAAACACAUUCCGAAUCAGAUCGUUAACAUUCAAGCGAUGGGAUCGAGGGUGUUCGUCUCCGACGUUCAAGAAUCCAUUUACUGCGUUAAAUAUAAGCGCACGGAGAAUCAGUUGAUCAUCUUUGCGGAUGACACUCACCCGCGGUGGUUGACGGCUUCCACCCUGAUGGAUUACGAUACCGUCGCAACGGCGGAUAAAUUCGGCAAUGUCGCUGUGCUCCGACUGCCACACUCGGUGUCGGACGACGUUGACGAAGAUCCCACCGGCAACAAGGCCCUGUGGGAUCGCGGACUGCUCAAUGGAGCUUCGCAGAAGGCGGAGAACAUCUGUACAUUCCAUCUGGGUGAGAUAAUUAUGUCGCUGCAGAAGGCCACCCUCAUCCCGGGGGGUUCCGAAUCGCUAAUCUAUGCUACGAUGAGCGGAACGGUGGGAGCACUGGUUCCGUUCACCAGUCGGGAAGAUUAUGACUUUUUCCAACAUCUGGAAAUGCACAUGCGGAACGAAAACCCACCGCUCUGCGGUCGGGAUCAUCUGAGUUUCCGCAGCUACUACUAUCCGGUAAAGAACGUGAUGGACGGGGAUCUGUGCGAACAGUUUACCUCGAUGGAUCCGGGCAAGCAGAAGAGUAUCGCCACCGAUUUGGGUCGAACGCCCAACGAGGUGGCCAAGAAGCUGGAGGACAUCCGUACGAGAUAUGCUUUCUAAGACUAAUGUAUUAGCAGUAAAAACUUUGAGUAGAACAAAACUGAGAAAAGUCGAUUUUUUACAUAACCUUCAAGGCCAACUUUGAUUCGUUCGUUCCAAACUAGUUUCCUUACAUUAACCGGUUUUUCGAGAACAUCAGCAAACUUUUCAAACUCCAAGCUAACCAUUUGGAGCUCAAUAUGGAAAACCUAACCUUGUUGGAAUGUUGAUUGCCCGAACGAUCAACAACCGACCGUAUUAGAAAAGCCCAGUAAAGAUAAUCUUUCUCUUCGUGUUGAUGUUUCUUUCUUCAAAAUAAGCCUCAUCAUUUUUCGUCUGUAUUAACAUCACGUUGUAGUGAAAAUCAUCAACUAUUAUAACUUCGCCUAGAUUUUUAAUCGAUAAGAAAACCCACAGCAACAACAAAAGGUAAAAGAAAAAUCACACAAAAACCGCUGCUGUGCAGAUGUAAUUAGCAGUUGUCCACAAUAAAAGAAAUGCAUCAUUAUUC